CCCAAGCAGGAAGGGAGGAAAGAAAAGGACGGAAAGGGAAGGACGUAAGUUUGAGGGAAACGAAGUGUUGACUUAGGAGUGUAGAGUGCUAAGAGUCUGAGCCGAGAAGCGGAUUCAGGAUGGAAAGAAUCUGAGCUGAGAAUCUCCAGGAUGGAAACGGAAACAGAGAGCUGGAUAAAGGCUUGGCAAAACCCACAGCAAAAUGGUUAUCCAGAAGCCCACCUGGAGUCACCAAACACAUUGUCUCACACCAGAAAAUUUCAAGAUGACUUGAAAAUGUAGCACUUAACGUGACAGCGCUGAUGGCAUGAGGAGCACACAAAGCAGUCCUUCCUACCUGCAGAGCGGUGAAAAUCUCCAGCAAAGCCACUCUCUCGUUUUCCACCAGCACAGCUUGGCACAGCUUCUAUGCCCCAGCAAAAACUUUCAUGUCAGUGUAGUAACUGAUUAGAACGUUACCAGGGCCCCACAGACAUGAACCGGAUCCUCCAAAAGCUGAUUAAAACAAGGAUCAGUUUAUGAAAGUCGGGUACGAGGGACGGUGUUGGACUACAGCUCCCGGCAUGCGCUGCGGCCGGACUACAGCUCCCGGCACGCGCUGCGGCCGUACCACAGCGCCCAGCGUGCCCCGCGCCUGCAAGAUGGCGGCGCCCAGGGGCGUCUCGGGCCCGGACAGCGACACCGGCUCGGACUCGGACAGCGGCGGCGAAGCGGCCGCGCGGUUCCGGGAGGCUGCCUGGGACUGCACCGCGCUGGCGGCGGCGCGGGCGGAGCCGUGCGGCGGGGGCUUUAGAAAGGAUCGGUUGCAGCCUAAAGAUCAGCCAAGCUUGAGGCGUGAGGCAAUCGGCCGUGAGGAGGGUGACAAUGAGCUCCAGACGACUCCAGAGUUCAGAGCACACGUUGCAAAGAAACUGGGAACCAUGCUAGACAGUGUCAUCACUGUCUUGAAGGAUUCAUCAGGACCAUCACAGACUUGGUUGGCACAGUCUGACUCUGAAGAUGAUGGUUUCCGCCUCUUUUCUUCCUCUGUCCCUGGAGACUGUGGGAAGCCGGAGCCUUGCCCUGCAGCAAGGAGGAGGAGGCCAGUUAGCUCCAGUGACACAGACAGUGAGCAAGAAUGGCAAAGGUGCCAGGAGGCUGCCGUGUCAGCUGCAGAUAUUCUGAAGCAAAGUGCUUUCCCUGCAUGGUCCCAGGGCUCCAGCCAGGAUCAGAGUCAGAGUUAUGUGGAACCCAAUCAGAAAAAGAAGAAGAAGAAGAAGAAGAAGAAAAUGAGGAGAGACAAUAAUAUUCAAGAGAAAAUAAUAGACCCAGCAGAGUGUGACCAGAUCUGCAAAGAUUUGCCUCGGUUGGUGUCUGCAAAUGGCCAGCAGGAGAGACAGAACAGCCAUCACAGAGAGAACUCUGUGCUGCCAGGAGCUGUGAAGAAGAAAAAGAAGAAGAAAAAAGAAUGAUGAUUUUGCUCUGCAAACAGCAGGUGGUUGUGAUGGGUGAAGGAAACUGAAAGAAAACCUAACAACAAGAGUUGCUGCAGAUGAGGGAAAAUUAAUUGGCAAAGCAUCUGUUCUAAAAGCUCAGUGGCCUGAGAGACUAAUUAAGUGACUUCCUGUGCUACUGGCGUCCCUGAGGAAAGGAACAUUGUUCUCCUCACACAGCAGUUGGCUGUGCUGCUGCUUGUGCAGGCCCCAUCUGAAAGGAUUAAAUCCUGUGCCAGGCUUGCAUGGCAGAGGGAUGUGAUCAUAGCUGCAUUCCUCCUGGUCUGUUCCUUCACAUCAUGAAACCCUUCUGGAGAAAGUGUGUGAUGAAUUGAAUUUGGUUUACAUGGCAACAGGUGAUCAGCUACUUUUUGCCUCCUUGUAGACUGCUAAGAAUAGCUCCAGCCCAUGGGAGACUCAUUUUUCAAAAGCAUCCUGUCAGAAAUCAGGGCCCCUUAUUUUUUCCCUGCGAUCAUCACAACAAUCUGGUUUUGAAACCUGCUGUGUUACUAAUCCCUCUGCAAUCUGCACCUCUCCAGGACCCCUGCACAUAAACAGUGUGUGGUGAGCUGAUUUCAGGGUUGGUGUAAAUGCAUCCUACUGUUCCGGUUGUCUCUAUUCAAAAUUUUUGUUCAUGUAUAGGGGUUUUUUUAUGGCAUCUGUUGUUAUUAAAUUUUACUAUACUCUUGGACA